CUCCGCGGCCGCCGUAUCCCGCUGCUCGUCAGCUGCGGCGCCUUUGUGAAGCGGCGGAAGCGGAGCGGGGCGCGGGGACCGAGGGGCGGCCGGAGCCGGAGGUGUCGCUGCCAGUGUUUCAGCCAUGUCUGACAAAAGUGAACUGAAGGCGGAGUUGGAGCGCAAGAAGCAAAGAUUGGCUCAAAUCAGAGAGGAGAAGAAAAGAAAGGAGGAAGAAAGAAAGAAAAAAGAAACUGAUCAGAAGAAAGAAGUUCUUCCUGUGCAGGAAGAAUCUGAUCUUGAAAAGAAGAGAAGAGAAGCUGAAGCUCUACUUCAGAGCAUGGGCUUGACACCGGAGUCUCCUGUUGUCCCACCUCCUACCUCCCCGUCUUCCAAGUCCGUGAGUACUCCAAGUGAGGCUGGAAGCCAGGACUCUGGUGAUGGUGCUGUUGGGUCAAGGCGUGGACCUGUUAAACUUGGAAUGGCCAAAAUUACACAAGUUGACUUUCCUCCCCGUGAAAUUGUUACAUAUACAAAGGAGACACAAACACCUGUUAUGACUCAGCCAAAGGAAGAUGAGGAAGAUGAAGAUGAUGUGGUUGCACCAAAACCAUUAGUUGAACCUGAAGAGGAAAAAACAUUAAAGAAGGAGGAAGAGGAAGAAGCUGCCCCUCAUGAACUUACUGAAGAGGAAAAACAACAGAUUUUGCAUUCUGAAGAGUUUUUAAGUUUUUUUGACCACUCCACAAGGAUUGUUGAAAGAGCCCUUUCUGAGCAAAUCAACAUUUUCUUUGACUACAGUGGAAGAGAUUUAGAAGACAAAGAAGGAGAGAUUCAAGCAGGAGCAAAACUGUCCUUAAAUAGGCAGUUUUUUGAUGAACGUUGGUCAAAGCAUCGUGUUGUCAGUUGUUUGGACUGGUCAUCUCAGUACCCAGAGUUACUUGUAGCCUCUUACAACAACAAUGAGGAUGCACCUCAUGAGCCUGAUGGAGUAGCCCUUGUAUGGAAUAUGAAGUACAAGAAAACUACUCCAGAGUAUGUCUUUCACUGCCAGUCAGCAGUGAUGUCAGCUACAUUUGCAAAAUUUCAUCCCAAUCUGGUGGUUGGUGGCACAUACUCAGGCCAAAUAGUGCUGUGGGAUAAUCGCAGCAAUAAGAGAACCCCAGUGCAGAGAACUCCACUUUCUGCUGCUGCUCACACGCACCCAGUAUACUGUGUAAAUGUUGUUGGGACCCAGAAUGCUCAUAAUCUGAUCAGUAUCUCAACUGAUGGGAAAAUAUGCUCUUGGAGUCUGGACAUGCUUUCCCAGCCUCAGGAUAGCAUGGAGCUGGUUCACAAGCAGUCCAAGGCUGUGGCAGUGACUUGCAUGUCAUUCCCUGUUGGAGAUGUCAACAACUUUGUUGUUGGCAGUGAGGAAGGCUCAGUGUACACUGCAUGUCGUCAUGGCAGCAAAGCUGGAAUCAGUGAGAUGUUUGAAGGACACCAGGGACCAAUCACAGGUAUCAACUGCCAUGCAGCAGUUGGGCCUGUAGACUUCUCACAUCUUUUUGUCACCUCUUCUUUUGACUGGACAGUAAAGCUUUGGACAACCAAGAAUAACAAACCUCUCUACUCCUUUGAAGACAACUCAGAUUAUGUUUAUGAUGUGAUGUGGUCUCCAACUCACCCUGCUUUGUUUGCCUGUGUGGAUGGGAUGGGCAGGCUUGACCUGUGGAAUCUCAACAAUGAUACUGAGGUGCCCACUGCAAGCAUUACUGUGGAGGGCAAUCCUGCUCUGAACCGUGUGAGAUGGACGCAUUCGGGGAGAGAGAUUGCUGUAGGUGAUUCAGAGGGACAAAUAGUCAUAUAUGAUGUGGGUGAGCAAAUUGCGGUUCCCCGCAGCGACGAGUGGACCCGCUUCGGUCGGACCUUGGCAGAAAUCAAUGCCAACAGAGCUGAUGCAGAGGAGGAGGCUGCAACCCGAAUACCAGCCUAGAUCUGUGAAAACAGGAGGCAGUGGUAGGCUUGUGAAUGAUUUCAUGCGGAUCUUAAAAGUGUAGGAAUGUGUCAGUUCAAAUAAACAGCUUAAGGGAGGAGUAUGUGGAUUCAGCUUUGACUUUGGAAGUGUAUUAAGAUCACUGAGAAUCAGAUCUUGCAUUGUCACUUUUUAUAUAUAUAAAUUACAAGCACAUUCUUGGAUUUGUGCAACCUUUAAUACAGUUAAUUUUGAAUUUGCAAGGAACUAUCUUUGCUGAAACACUAACCUGGUGUAGAUUUGCUUUGGGCUGCUGAAAUUUCCACUUUGUAACAGUAUCUAUUUCUGAAAAGUUUUGUUUCUAAACUAAACUUUCUAUAAUAUACAAACUAACCUUCAUUGGGUAGUAAAUCUCUGAAAUAUUCUUUAAUUUGAACUCUUCAAAUUACCUAUGAAUUUGCAUGCACGUGUUCCAAGUAAGUUUCAUUGUUAAUCUAUAGAUAAGCCUCAGACUGUUAGUGGGUAAUAUGUGAAUAAAAAUUUGUCUGUAGUUACAAAGUUAUUUGAUUAUAUUUGGACCCCAAUUAAUGAAAUACUUAUUUAAUACCAAGUUGUUCUGUUUGAAUUGGUGCAUUAAAAAGUGAGAUUGGUUCAUAAAUAAACAUUAUAUGAGCACCUGUCAGCUGCCCUGACCCCUAAUCUGUGUCCCCUUAGUACUUUGAGAGUAGAAAGUUCCUGGGAGCUGCUGUUUUCUACUCCUAACUUUUACUUCCUAUUGUGACAGUUAGCCCAAAGGAAAAAGGCUGCUGUUCUCCAUUUUUCUCUUUUCCAAAGGAUAAGGAACUAGAUUUUUACUUGAUUUCUACUGUAUAAUGAUUUGCAUUCUAUAGACUAGAGACUUCCUACUAAUUUUCUGUAAAAAGAAGUAUGUUUUAAUUGCUUUUAUAACAUGCUUACUGAAACAAAAUCUUCUUAUUGAAAAAGCUUAGAGCUUAGAAUGGUUGGAACUUCUGUUAAAGGUUGAAUUUUUUAAGUGCAUCUUUUUUAGGACAUUAUGAAAUUUUCAGUCAAGACUCGUUUGGGGUUUGGUGGGGCGGGAGUUGUUGAUUUUGGUUCAGCUUUUUGGUUUGGGUUUUUUUUUUCCAGGGGGUGGUGGUGUGGUUUUUUUGUUGUUUAAAUAGUCUGACUCAUUAGGCACUAAACCAGUAUUGAGGCCUUUAAUUUAGGGCUCUAGGUUUGUUCCUAGUAUUCCUACCUGCUACAACCUUAUUUUGCCAGGUGUUUUAUAUGCUUAAAAGCAGGUAAUCAGUUUAUAUUCCUUAAUCAGCUUUAUGUCCAGAAGUAUCCUUACUGUUUCUUCAUUUUGUUUUAAGGUUAACUUUUGGUUUAUUUUUUUUCAACUUCUCCCUGUCUCGGUUCUGCUGCAAGCAGCUCAUAGUGACAAAGGCAGCAGUAGCAGCAGUUCUGUCUUCAAGAGCAUCUCUUUUUCAUUGGGUUUAAAAGUGAAAUUUAUUUUGGUUUCCAUUGGUGUUUCUCAAAAGUGACAAUGCAAAGUGAUGCUGUUCAGUUUGUCUGGUAUGUCUUCCUCUGUCUUCCUCAACCUUGUGGCAGCAGACAUCUGUUCAGUUGAGAAACAUGCAAAGUAUAUAAAGAACAGGCACAUCAUGUGAUGAUUUGUACAUUUCAGGCACAGGAUUUCUUCAUGAGUAGGGUGUUCCAUUGUCUUGCUGCUUUUUGGGGUUGGUUUGUUUACUGAAAUCAUUGCAUAUUUAAUGUUACAUUUCCUUCAGAGUUACUUUUUUUCAGAAAUUCAGUAGGUAAGGCUUUCUUUCAGUGGAUUGUGGCAUGAACAUAUAGGUCAUAUGGCAUUUGUUUUAUGUAAUGUCAACCUUUUAAUCAUUUUUAACAGAACAAUUCUGUAUUCAUUCCUGCUUGUGUUCCCCCCCUCACCAAAUACCUGAAUCCAGGUACAAAAUGUUGUAAACCCCAUACUGGCAACAGUAAAAGACCAACAGUGACACCAGGUAGUGUGAAUGAUCAUCCUGGGAGCCACACUGGCCACUUUUGGACCUGGAAGAAAUACAAAUGCUUUGUGAAGUCUCCUAAGGCCUUGAUCAAGUCAGUCAACAAGCUGUGACUGUGGUUAAACACCAGUGGGUACCUGCAGCUUUGUAUCUGUUUAGAAAAGCGCAGAACAAAAUAGAUACAGGUGAGAGUUCCUGGGAAGUCUGGCUCUGGAAGAAUGUACAGAACAGGUGAUGCUUUAAACAGGAAAAAAAAGGUAACCAAGAUAAAGAGGAAGCCUUCUAAUGGGGUUAUAUAUAUGCAUGUUGCAAAAUAGUGAUCAAACACCCUAGCUCAAUGUAUUGUAACCUCUAGCUCACUAAAUAUUAUUCAGUACCUAAGUAAUUUGCAUCUUGCUUAGAGGCUGGAACUGAAGGAGGGCUUGUCUGGGUUUGCAGUGGUCAGUUUUUGAAAAGCCAUUUCUCCAUAAGCUGACUAAAAACUUUAUGUAUUGGCCUGCUGUCACCUGAGCAGGAAUAUAACAGAACCUCAAAUGAGUUUAUACCACUGGGAUACACUGUGCUCCAGGAUGUUUAACCCUGAAACAUAAAACUGAAGACCAGGGUUUGUCAUCCUUCAGUAAGCAAGGCUGGAAACCCACCCACUUCUCGCUCUCUCUAGGGGCAGUAUAACUGCUUUUCCUCUGGGACUGUAGAAAUCUCAACUCCACUAUCUCCUCUUGACAUUUUUUGCAUUUAAAAAUUACACCAGAUAAACAUUUGGCAGACAUUAUGCCAGAAAUAAUUUGUUUUUUCUUUCUCAUCUCCUUUAACUUAGCAUUCCAUUAGGAAGUCUAAACAGUCACUUUUUCCUAUGAUGAGUAUAUAAAGCAAGUUGUUUGUGGGCACUGGGGCUUGGUUUUUUUUGUUUGUUUUACCACUGAAAGAUUCUGAAAAAACAAACUAGAAUCUAAGACAAUGCCUUCCAUUUUUUUUACAAAAGGUUUUACAUUCUGGAAAAAACCACUCUGAGUAAUAAAUCCUGGAAAAGUUACUGACUCUGCUAAUAACUGGCAAAUAUCUCAUUGUGUUUUAAAUACGCUACCAUAGAGGCAAGAUCUAUUUAUUACACACUUAGUAUUACCAUGUAUUUCAAGGGAACUCCUUGUUACAAAGUAGUGCUUCAAAAUAAAAUACUCCAUCUAAUCCCUGUGUUCUUCUACACCUAGAAGGUAGUACAUUGCAUUUUAAUGCCUUUGUUACUAGCAGUGAAAUGCAUUUCUUCAGAGGCUGUAUUCUCUACAUUCAUUAAAUGGGUGCAUUUAAUUUAAAUUUCAAUCUGUGAUCCAUAAUGUGUGGAGAAAAACAAAACUGGGGGCAACUUUUCUAAAACCACGAAGAAUAGAACUGACAUCUUUUUAAAUGUUUUAUUGUCACGAUUGUUAACAAAACUCCUUCAAAACAUUCUGUACAUUUCAAACUAUUAUGAACUGCAAUAUCCAUUAUAUAAAUGUACGUGUAUAGAUGCCAUGAUGUCUCUGUACAAAGAUGUACAAUAUGUACAGUAACAUUGAAUGCAAGCUGUGCAAGGCAAAGUCUAGGCUACAGCUUCAUGCCACUGGUUAAAACAAGGCAUA